AUGGAAAAUGGAAAUGAUCUUGAUCGCCCUCCUCCUCUGCUCUCGUAACUGUAUGUCUCUCUCGCCUUUCAGAUUUCUUCUCUGAACUCUGUAAAACAGAUAUAGAGGGGAGAAGGAAAAAAAAAAAAUUAGAAAAACGAAUGACUUCUUCAGAUUUAUCCGGUAAUAUUUAGCUGUACUUGAAUUUGUGCUUCAGAAAUCAGAUUAGGUACAGUGUAUAGUUUUCAUCUCCAAUUUUUGUAUAUAUAUAUAUAGAUAUAUGUAUACACGCUUGGAUUGCUCUCAAGAUAGCUGUACAGACGGUCUCAAUUAGAGUUUUCAUCUUUUUUCGGGGGGUGUGUCUUUGUUGGGUAUUUUUUUUCUUCAUCAGCUCAUGUCUGAAACUGUAGGUUCACUUCUGGAACUGUGGUCAGGAGAUUAACGAGCUCUGAUUUUGUGAGCUUGAGGUUGAAUUUUGAUUGAACGAAUUUCUUGUGAUUCUAUUGAGAAGUUAUAUAAUUAAGAGUGGUUAGAAGUGGGUAAUUUAGGGAUGGUUUCUGGGAAUGACCCUGUGGAGCCCUUCUUUAAUUCAAUUAAACUUGUUAAGGAUGCCCUUUUGCCGCUUGAAUCUGGAAUAAGGAAGGCAGCCAAAGAGAUUGAGUUUUGUUGGCCUGGACGGGAGAAUGGGACUGAUAAUAAUAGCCUUGAAGUGUUUGCAAAACAGUCCACUUGCAGCGGUGCCGAGAAUGGGAGUAAGGUUCAGAUGUGUUCUGUGGAGAAAAAGAGUUAUCACACUGUCGCUAGUGAUGAGAAAAAAAAGGGUUUCGGUUUCCUGACAAGGGUUUCUAUUAAGGCUCCCUUGGGAAUUUUUUCACCAAAUUGUGGAAGUAAUGGGCAAAAGAUUGACACACCCAACAGAGGGUUGAAAGAGGAUGUUGGCAAUGCAGAUGGAACUUGCCCCAGUUGCUUGGAAUUUGCAGUCUCAUGGUUGUUGCUGUUUAAUGGCUUUGUUCAGGCUUUUCCGAGUCCUUUCAGAGCUAGUAAAAAGCGGCUUCACGCAAUUGGUGAAGAGGUCAAAGUUUUUUCUUGUUCAUGUCCAUACAUGGCUGAACAGAGUAUUUCAUGUGAAGUAAAGCAGAAGGAAUCAAAGGGGCAGCUUGUUGCUACAUUACAGACUGAGGAUUUAAAACAUAAAAGACAUAAUUUGUCAAUUCAUUACUUUAUUGGAUUUGUGUUUGACCAAUUGGCUCAAAAUCUUCAGAAAUUUGAUUCGGGUAAUAGGGAAAGUGAGUCUGGAAACAAUGAUCCAUCUCCUUCUCCCCAUUCUAUCGAUCAGGGCAAUCAUUUGAGGAUACUCAUGAGUGUUUUGGCAGGUCAAAAGGCUGAUGUGAAUGAAUUUCUGGUAAAUUUGAGGUUUGCCAAAGUGGGAGGUGUUCCAUCAAAUAUGGUGGGAGUUACUCCUGUCAAAGAAGAGAGUGACGAUAGUGUUAGUGCUAGUGAGAGAGAAGAAACUGGUAGUUCUCCUCAGAACCUGGCCAGUGGAUUACUUAGUAUUCCUUUGUCAAAUAUUGAGCGAUUAAGAUCCACACUAUCAACUGUUUCAUUGACAGAACUGAUUGAACUUGUGCCGCAGUUAGGGCGAUCUUCAACAGAGUAUCCUGACAAGAAGAAGCUAUUCUCUGUUCAGGAUUUCUUCAGAUACACAGAAUCAGAAGGAAGGAGGUUCUUUGAGGAGCUGGAUAGAGAUGGCGAUGGCCAAGUUACAAUGGAGGAUCUUGAAGUUGCUAUGAGAAAAAGAAAACUGCCUUGGAGAUAUGCACGUGAAUUUAUGCACCGUACAAGAAGUAAUUUAUUUUCAAAAUCUUUUGGUUGGAAACAAUUCUUAUCAUUGAUGGAACAAAAAGAACCAACGAUUUUGCGGGCUUAUAUGACUCUCUGUUUGAGUAAGUCUGGAACACUACAAAGGAGUGAAAUCUUGGCGUCAUUGAAUGAUGCUGGGCUUCCAGCAAAUGAGGACAAUGCUGUUGCCAUGAUGAGGUUUCUAAAUUCAGACACAGAAGAAUCUAUUUCUUAUGGACAUUUUCGGAAUUUUAUGCUUCUACUUCCAUCUGAUAGGCUUCAAGAAGAUCCCCGGAGCAUCUGGUUUGAAGCUGCUACUGUUGUUGCUGUUGCACCACCUGUGGAAUUACCUGCUAGCAGUGUUCUUAAAUCUGCUUUGGCAGGGGGUCUGUCUUGUGCACUGUCUUGUUCUUUGAUGCACCCUGUUGAUACAAUAAAGACCCAAGUACAAGCAUCAAUGCUUACAUUUCCUGACGUUAUAUCAAAGCUUCCACAAAUUGGAAUCCGAGGGUUAUACAGAGGAUCCAUCCCUGCAAUUCUUGGACAGUUUUCGAGCCAUGGGUUGCGAACUGGAAUAUUUGAAGCAAGUAAGCUAGUUUUACUAAAUGUUGCCCCAACACUUCCUGACUUACAGGUGCAAUCUGUGGCAUCAUUCUGUAGCACUUUCCUGGGAACAGCAGUGCGGAUACCAUGUGAGGUACUGAAACAAAGACUGCAGGCUGGCAUUUUUGACAAUGUUGGGGAAGCAAUUGUUUGUACUUGGAAUCAAGAUGGUCUCAAGGGUUUUUUUCGUGGGACUGGUGCCACACUAUUCCGUGAGGUUCCCUUCUAUGUUGCUGGCAUGGGGCUUUAUGCUGAAUCCAAAAAGGCCGCCCAGCAUCUUUUAGAACGGGAUCUGGAGCCCUGGGAGACUAUUGCUGUUGGGGCGUUGUCCGGUGGGCUAGCUGCCGUUGUGACAACACCUUUCGAUGUCAUGAAGACUAGAAUGAUGACCGCUCCAGGGGGACGCCAUGUGUCGAUGUCAUUUGUGGCUUUAUCCAUUCUCCGCCAUGAAGGGGCUCUUGGAUUGUUCAAAGGAGCCGUACCCAGGUUCUUCUGGAUUGCUCCGCUUGGAGCCAUGAAUUUUGCUGGUUAUGAACUUGCUAAGAAAGCCAUGGUGAGGAAGGAAGACCAAACUGCUGACUAAAAGUAGGCCACUUCCCACCUGGGUAAUCAUCAAAUGUUGCCAAUUUUUCCAAAAGUUCUGUUGGAUGCUCUGCAUAUUCGCUAUAAGAUUCAUUUGUUGACAUCUCUCAUAUCUGGUCACUUUUUCUUUUACAUGUUUUGAUCUGUGAAUUGCCUGUGAUGGCAUGCAUACAAGUUCUUUUGUUCCUUCUUUUCUUUUUCGGUGUAAUUUUGUAUGUUGAUGUAACAGUUAAGAAAUUUAUAUUUUUCCUUUUCAUGGCAUGAACAUUCUAUUUCCUUCU